AUGCCAAUUGAAGGAUUUCCAAUUGCAGGUGUUUGCUUCUUUUUGACCUGUUUUGAUAACCUCUUUGACAAAUUCAGCCACGCUAGAAACAAAUCAGCGAAGGAAGAUGAACAGUUAGCUCCAAAAAAUCAAGACUCAUCGAAAUGCAGUGUAUGUGGUGAGGGAUCAGUCAUCGGCUCUUUCAUUGUGAAGCAGUAUAUCAGCGAUCGGCCACUCGAGGUUAAAAUUACACGGUCGUUGCAUCACAAGGGUCAAUUUAAGUUCAGCUUAUGUGAAUUUGCUGAUGACGUUACAGAAGAGUGUUUCAAAAACCAUGUUAUGGAUGUACUGGACACAAAGACGGUGCAUACAAACUUUGAGGAGACUGAUCACGUGACAUUAGCGCCACCUAUGUCUAAUUGUACACAUUGUGUGCUUCGAUGGCUUUUUACCACGGACGAUGCUCUCUAUACGUAUGUUGGAUGUGCUGACGUGGCCAUCAUUGAAUCAGUUCCAGAGAACAGUGUCCAAUUUCUGGAAAGGCCUAAACGUCAGGUUGUGGAAAGUACAUCUCCUGGUACUGAUAUCAUUGAAACCGUGACUGCAUCUAGUGACAUUACUGGGUCCACGAACUUUAAUCCUGAAUUAACAACAGAUGGUGGAAACCUUCAUAGUACUGGGAUACAAUCUAGUGAUACAACAUCACCGAGUAGUGGUACGUUAUUCGGUUAUACAUUUUCGCCCAAUAACGGAAUGUCAUCCAGCGCCACUGUAUCGUCUUCGCCAGCAAAUACUGAUAUGUUAUCAAGCGGGAUUGCCACGGCAAAACCAAAUGAACUGUCAUCAAGUGGAUUUGCUCACUUAGAAAUGACAACAGAUAGUGGAUUAUUUUCAACCACUGGUGUAGCGUCUAGCGAUAUCAAUUCCAUGAAGACUGGUAUGUCGUCUAGCAUAACACCGUCCGAUAACUUCAGUAAAUCAAAUAGCCAGUAUCAUGAAACCUCAAAGGUUACUUCUUUUUCCACACAAUUUAGUAAUGGUCCAGAUCCUGAGGUGACUAUUGACAACUACACGGAGGGACGUGUCGCUGAAACCGCACCAACAAGAUCUGUUAAUGUGGGGAGCGAAAUACCAAGAAGCAGAUUAUAUGAUGCAAGCAUCACUGGAGAGUAUAGAAAGGCUGCAGACUAUCAAGAAGAACAGUAUCAAAAUUCAGUACCGGUCAAACAUACAUCCAGUGUUAACACAGAAAAUGAACAGACAAUAUUUCAUUUUACACCUGAUACUGCAAAUACCCAACACGGAGGGACAGAAACGUUCUUUCAUUACUCUUCUGGCUCAUCAAAUUAUCAUCAUAGCGGAACAACCUCUAAUGUACAUCCUGGUGUUGUCGGUAACCAACCAGAGGCAACAGACCAAAUAGCUAAUCACACAUCGAGUAGCUAUGUAAAUGUUGAUACAACCGAAUCUGUCUCUCAUUUGAAUCCCGAAAUUGCAAAUACACAGAACAAUGAACAAAUCUUUCAGUUUCAGGAAAAUUUCGAUGUUAUCCCAGGCGAAUCAAAAGCGAUCUCAUCUUCAAGCACUCAACAGUAUUCACAAAGUUCAUAUUCUGCAUCUGAAACGACAAAUGUGGAGACGAAUACCACUUUGAAUGACACUAAAAGUGAUGUAGCAGAACUUUACCUUACCACGGCAAGCCCCUUUAUAACCAUUGCAGUUGAUGAGGGACCCGAUCGUGCUCAAGACGUUAUCGACAAUAGGACAGCAACGACCAAUAUCUUACAUGUUGGUGCUGAGGGCGAUUCAUAUAAUACCACUGGCCCUGAAUUCUCUACAUCUGACGGUUAUGCAGGUGGCUCUGUUUAUUCCACUGAUAGUUCCUCAACUAACGAAUAUGAAUCGACCAAACCACCAUCCGGAAUCACCCUUACAGUCAAUGAGGGCCCGAACAGAGACGUAUCACCACACAUUGACGCAAGAACCAUUAACACUAACUCCCUUAAUGUUGGGGCAAAUGGAGCGACAAGCUCAGUCUCCCAUCAAGAAACUUUCUCUAGCUAUACAGACUCGCCUUCUGAAUCGUCCCAAACAGGAGAAGCUAAUUCCGUGACGUUCCCGUAUGAGGCUGGCACUUCGAUAAAACAGAAAGUGAAUGGGAUCAGCUAUAACAUACCAACUAUGGAAAGAACCUCAGGAGACGUGAAAAGUCGGAACAAUGCUGAAAGCACGGUCACGGAAAGUUCUGGUACGAUCGACAUUCAAACAGGCAUUAUGUAUGAUCAUCCUGCCACAGGUCCAAAUUCAGCACGAAUAGAAGAGACCAUCGUGGAUUCGUCCAAAACUUCAGGGGUAGUACCUGGAACUUCACUUUCGAGUAGCUCUGGCUCGUCUGGUAGCUCGAAUACCGACCAUAACAUGGGUGGUAGUGGAAUAGCUAUGCUUGGUGACUUCUCAAAGGACGCUUUAGUGUUGGCUGGUCAAAGAGUGUCCACUGCCCCAGAGGAAUCGCCAAAAGUUCCUGAUCCUAAUGGUGUUCCCAUUGGAGGGUUUCUGGGGGGCGUUAGUAUACCUGGUUUGACGAUUGGACCGAAAAUAAAUUCUGUGGAUUAUCAGACGAGUAAUGGUGUAGCCGCUGAUCAGAAAACAUCUGGUAGUCAAAAUUUAAAUGCUGGGUCUGGAGUUGGUAUUACAAGUGAAAUUGUUUCCACAAAGACUGAUACCUUUACCAGUAGUGGGUCUUCCAGCACUGGACACAGUAAUGCAUAUACGAGUGGGUCAACUGCAGAACAACAACCAAAGCCUGAUGUAACUACCGGAGGAGGUUCAUCGUACUCUGCAAACAUUGACUUUAUUCCUCCUGUUCCAUCAAGUUUGCAGUCUGGUCUACAGGAAAAUAUCAAUGAAGUUCCACCUAAUGACGUCACAUAUACCUCGAAAACGAUCGCAGGCCAUCAAAAUGUUCAUGUUGCUAACGGAAUCAAAGUCAUGGAUGAAGCAAGCCGCGACCAGCAACACGGCACAAGUUUCAAUGGUUACAGUUGGUCGACAUAUAAUGUUACUAGAAGUAGCACUACAAAUAGCGGCAUGACACACAACACGCAAUCUGAAUCUCUUCCUACAGAAUAUCAGACAACCAAGUCGGUAUUUUCCAGUGGUUAUACAUCAAAGCCCGGCACAUUUACUGGUACACAAGUGGCUGAUCAUAGCUAUAGCGCCGUAACAGGACAAACUAGAGAUUAUAAUUCUGGCGCAAAGAGUGGACAAACAAUGGAUUACACGUCAAUGAAUAAAAUAGGACAUUCGUCAAGCAUCAGUAACACACACACAAUGGGUCAUACUGAGGUUGGUACGGGACAAGCAGACAACAUGUUUUUUGACUCGAAUAUGGCACAAUCGGAUCACGGUUACAGUGCUAGUACGGGAUUAGGUCAAUCUACAGGAAUAACUACUGCGCAAGCGCCAGAUCAUACUGCUGGAACCAGUCAGGGUCAGGUAGCGGAUCACGGACUGGGCUCCAGUGCGACACACAAAAUAACUUAUACCUCUGGUGAUACAAUGGGGAUCAUCCGAGAAGCAGCAGGCGGAGGUAACGCGAAAACAUUGGAUUCUUCCUCUGGCUCGAGUACAAUUCAAAUGACAGCUCAUACAUCAGACGCAAACAUGGGACAAGCAGUGGGCCAGGGGAUGGGUACCAGUACAGUUCAGACAAUGGAUCAUAUUUCCGGUGCAGAUACUGAGCAAAGAAAGAAUUAUUCUUCUGGUUUGACCAAAGUUCAAACAACAGACCAUACAUCAGGCAUAGAUACCUUACAAUCAAUUGACUACGGGAUUGAUCCAAGUAGUGUUCAAACAAUGGACCAUGUCUCUGGUACAAAUAUGGGUCAAAGAGUGGAUUAUUAUAGUAAGGGAGCAGAUCAAUUAUCAGUCGCAAACACGGGACAAUCAACUGGUCAAGUGUUUGAAACAGGUGGUCUGCAGACAGUGAGCCAUGCUUCAAAUGAAGGCACUGGACAAAGAAUAUCUAGCACGAGAACGGAUUACUUAUCGGAUACAAACAAUGGACAACACCUAGACCAUGCUACUGAAUCAAGUGGUGUACACUCAAUGGACAAUGCCUAUGGCGUCGAUAUGGGGCAACUAAUUGAUUUUUCGUCUGGUUCGGCUAAUGCUCAGAUGGUAGAGCAUAGAUCAGACGCAAGUACUGUCAACACAAUGGACCAUACGACUGGUACUAGCACGGGGCAAAGUUUAGACAAUGCUAAUACCUUCACAGAACAAACAACAACUCAUAUUUCUAAUGCUAAUAUCAACCAGGGACUAAACUCCAUACAGACAUAUAACAUUUCCGGUGACAAAACAGAGAUGACAAUGGAUCAUACAUCGGGCACUAGUAUUGACCAUACGAUGGACCCUACGUACGACGUCAGCAUGGGACAAACAACCCAUCAUAUGUUAACUACAAGUACUGUGGAAACAAUGGAUCCGAUGUCUAACUCAAACUUAGACCAAACAAUGGAUCAUGGCUAUAGUACCAGCGCAGGACAAACAAUGACUCAAAAUUCUGGAACCAAAGGAGAAGGAAGAGAUUAUACUUCCGGCAUUACUGCGGAACACACGCAAAGCCCUGGUACCGAAACCCACUCAAUAGGCCAUACCACAGGCAAUGUACUUGACCAGAGAUUAGAUUAUAGUUCUGAUACAGCUCCGAAUAUGGAGUAUUUUGUUGACCAAGUUACAGGACAAACGAAUAUGACACAAACAAUCGAUCCGGUUGUUGGCCAUAGCACUGUUGAGCCAAUGGGUCAUUCGUCUAUCGAUAGCAUUAGUCAAACAACGCAUUUCUCAGAUGCGGGCCAAAGAAUCAAUCAUAAUUCUGACACCUCUUUCGGACAAACAGAGGAACACAUGGCUUCCACAAUAAAGGGACAAACAAGAGAUCACUUGUCUUACGUGAAUAACAUAGAAGCAAUGAAUCAUGGUACUGGUGUCGGUGAAGGUCGUAGCGCUGGCGGUGGUGUGGAACACUUAACAGGUUAUACAUCGGGCGCACAUACGGGACAAACAAUCGGCUACACGUCCGAUGCCAGAACGGGAAAAGUAAUAACGAGUCAAACAUCUGGUAUUAGUUCUGAUAAAAACGUGCAUCAUACUUCCGACGAGGUAAUGAGGAAGGAAGCUGACCAUAGAUCUGGAACUGUUAUGGAUGGAUCAUAUGCAAACACAGCAUAUACAGAAGGUUUUUCAACAAAUACCACCCCAGAUAUAUCAUACACAAACCAGGAGGUGUGGUCGGAAUCUAGGCUCACACGUGGACCCGUUUAUACGGAUGUACCAGAAUCUGUCUCUGCGGCUGGUCAUAUGACAUCGUCAACGAAGACUGGCAAUACACACAAAGGAACAGUUCAGAAUACUAAUCAAGAAUCUACUGCUCUUCCAACAGGCACCGAGACAGCUAACAUGUUUACAACAGGAAACAUGUUCAUUAGUGAGGGUUCGACAGUAUUAGCGGCACAGCGGCCAACCGGAAUUCAAACAGACAGUUUCAAUAAAGAUAACGUUAAAACAGAUACUGGUCUCGAGAUGCCGCAAAGCAGUGGAUCUAUGUCUUAUUCUGCCACGGAGAAUACGUUUCGAAACGAGCAGGCCAUUCAUAAUCAAGGAUCUGCUGGAGGUGAAUGGUCUGGCAAAGACGCUUCUAUGAGCCUCCAGAGUCAUAUAUCGGAAGUUGGAACGUCUUAUAGCUCUCAUACUGAGCAACAAGGAUCCGACCGGGUACCAGAGAGCAUAGUUUUAGAAUCUGGAGCCGAUACAUCUGGCUCAAUUAAUGUUAAAAAUACUAAUUCGGGAUAUAACAUAGAAAGUAAAUUAGUGACAAAUUCGGAUCUUCAAAAUAAUGCGAUUGGUGACAAUCGUAUCGGUUCGUCAGUGUCUGGCGAUACUUGGAAAUAUGAAGCCGCAUCACCAGUUGUAGGGGAUGGCCACAUUUAUAGUAAUUCACAAACGAAUACUUACUUUUCAGACGGUUCAAAUAAUGGACAGCAGUUCACAAAUAAUAAAGUUGCAUCAUUUGACUCUAGUGUCAAGAGUGGGCCUAAUUCUAUGACUGGGUUCAUUCCACCUGUCCCGACCGCCUUACAUGGUUCAAUGUCGGGUAGCAAUGCUGCCCUCCAAAUACAAAACAGUUUGCUUCGAAGUGCAUCGUGGUCUGGAAAUCGAGGAGAAUCAACCCCUGUGAAAAAUAACGUCAUUUCGUCAGAUCUUCUAGGGAAGACUGAAAGUAUAAGCGAAGUUGGUACUCAAACACCAUUUGUUGAAAAUAAUGCUUUAGAGAUUUCUAAAGUGUCCAAUGCUAUAACUGAAACUGGAGCAAGUAAUCUCGAAAAUAAGCUUGGUAAUGUUGUACACGGAAGUGUGACGGCAAACACCAGGGCUGACGCUACGUUGAGCCCGGAUGGACAUAUGAUAAGAAAUCAGUACAAUGAAAUCGUUGCCGCUAAUUCUGCCCAUCAAGAGAUAAGUCCGAAAGACAUUAGCCAUGCUGAUACUGUCCGGUACCAGGAAGAUCAUACUACAACAAACGGAGCAAACGCAGCUGCCAGCAGUUUCCAUUCCGAUGUGAAACCAACCAGUAACGCUGGAUGGCAGGAAUCUCAUAUGUACAAGUCGACAACAUUUGUUACUUCUGAAAACACCAAAUCCCCUCCUCAGGGAGACAACGGAUAUCCUCCAGUCAACGAUCCACAGUAUGUUACAAAUCAGCCGAACAUCGUUACUUCAAGUUUUACAAAAUCCACAUUUCGUGAAUCAACCAUGUCACAGCAAAACCAUAAUCCAAGUCAUGCUUCUGAAAAUGUCCAAUCUGUUCAGUUUGUAAGCAAUAAUGAACAACCCAUCAGCGAUCCACAGUACACUACAAGUCAAUCGAACCUUGCUGCUUACGACAUUACAAAAUCUACCCGCGAAUCAACAACACAGGAAUCCCACAAUGCAAUACAGAGUGAUUUGAAUGGAGGUACAAAGCAACUGGACAAUAUAUUGGUGGCAGGUUCAUUUGAUCGGCCAAAUCCUGAUGUACGCGUGAAUGAUACCCAGAACAAAUCUACAUCUGACAAAGGGAAGUCUGGAAUACAGUCAACGCAACUGGUCAGAACUGUAGACGUGCCGAACGAGUUCCGCGAGUCAUCAGACAUGGCAAAUCCGAACGAUUUCUAUAGUGUUACAUCUCCAGGGGAUUCAUUACAUCGCUCUGCCGGGGAACAAAAUGCAGAUAUGUCUACCUUGAUAGCUUUUACAGAAAUUAAAAGCACAGUAGAUUCUGCCCAUCAACAAAUUACAACCGAGAGUACACCUACCAACGAAAGUGGCGUCAGCCAUCUUUCCCUUGAUACUUCAUACACUGUGGAAAAUACACCAAGUGUAAGUGGAGGAGUGGAUUACCAGUCAACGACUAGGAACAACAUACAAUAUUCUGCCACACAUGGAGCCAGUACAGGUUAUACUCAUAUUGAAUACAAUGAACCUUCACCUGGUAGUCGGGCUGCGUCAGCAAAUGAGACCGAAUUUGGUCAUGUCGUGACUCCAAACCAUCAUUUAGACACAGUUGUUGUAAGAGGAGCGGCGUUUUCAUCAGAGAAUGUACCGAGCAGACAGCAUCAUGUCGAUAUGACAUCACUAGAAGCAUUAACUGAAGUGCGAAGUGUAAUGGGAACGUCAAACCAAGAUUUAACGACAACCAACCAUUACGAUAUAAAUCAAAGAGAGACUAAUCCUGACGUGUCCAUAGAUUCCAACAUGGUGCCGUCUGUUGACUCCCAUGUAAAAAGCAACACCGGAGGAGCUGGCUCGCAUACCAACACCGUUAUACAAAGGAACCACGCGUCUACAAAUCAGCGCACUUCUGUUGAAUAUAAUGGUGCGACUACUGUAGACUCUCAUAUUGAUAUGAACACCGAUGCUGCUGACCCAAUGUUUAGUACAAUUCAUGGUACACAGCCAGAUCAUCUAAACACCGAUCAACCGACAUUGGUAGAUUUCAAUACUGCAACUAUUGGCUCAAACAAGAACACAGAAGCAGUUCAUACAGAAACAUCUCCCACUACGAACUCGCCUUGGAUGGAUGGUUACACGAUUUCUAAUUCUGCACCACCUCAAACUUCCGACUUGUUUUCCAAGGAUAGAAUCGAUGUAUCUCCAUAUGAUCCUGAUAUUCAGGCCCGUGGCAUUCACGAUGCUAUCACGACUAACGAGGGAAGUAUAAGGGAAGUUAACGAGACGACGAUGAAGAAUACUGAAACAGUCACACAGCAUUUCCGGGACUCGGCACGCAAUCUUGAUUCAAGUAGUUAUGCUGAGAACAAGCCAUUUAAAUCUACAGGUGUUCCAGAUGCAAAUAUAGAGGUCGGUAAUGGCAAUACUCAUAUGAAUAACAAUGACAUGUUGUCUACACAAGAAAUCCGCGCGACAACACAAGUCCAUAGUCCAGAUGUCAUGUCGCAAGGCUCCAUUUCAUCCAAGCACAAGACGGACAUGUUUUCUGGACACAGCUGGACACCUGGAAGCGGUGUCGAUACCAUUCAAUACCAAGAAGGCGCGGCAUCUGGAAACGUUGUCGAUAACGCCCAGUACCAAGGUAAUGUGGCACAUGGAAAUGUUGUCGAUACCAACUCUAUACUUUCUUCUCAAUACACAGAAGGUGUGGCAUCUGGAAACGGUGUAGAAACCACACAAUACGAAGAGGGCACGGUAUCUGGAAAUGCUGUCGAUAACGCCCAGUACCAAGGUAAUGUGGCACAUGGAAACGUUGUCGAUACCAACUCUAUAAUUUCCUCUCAAUACACAGAAGGUGUGGCAUCUGGAAACGGUGUAGAAACCACACAAUACCAAGAGGGCGUGACACAUGGAAACGGUGUCGAUACCAUCCAAUACCAAGAAGGCACGGCAUCUGGAAACGUUGUCGAUAACGCCCAGUACCAAGGGAAUGUGGCACAUGGAAACGUCGAUACCAACUCUAUAAUUUCUUCUCAGUAUUCAGAAGGUGUGGCAUCUGGAAACGGUGUAGAAACCAAACAAUUCAAAGAGGGCGUGGCACAUGAAAACGUUGUCGGUAACGCCCAGUACCAAGGAAAUGUGGCACAUGGAAACGUUAUCGAUACCAACUCUAUGAUUUCUUCUCAAUACGCAGGUGUGGCAUCAGGAAACAGUAUCGAUAGCAUCCAAAACCAAGGUGGCGUGGCACCUGGAAACGUUGUCGAUAACGCCCAGUACCAAGGGAAUGAGGCACAUGGAAACGUUGUCGGUACCAACUCUAUAAUUUCCUCUCAAUACACAGGUGUGUCAUCUGGAAACGGUGUAGAAACCACACAAUACCAAGAGGGCGUGACACAUGGAAACGGUGUCGAUACCAUCCAAUACCAAGAAGGCACGGCAUCUGAAAACGUUGUCGAUAACGCUCAGUACCAAGGGAAUGUGGCACAUGGAAAUGUCGAUACCAACUCUAUAAUUUCUUCUCAGUACUCAGAAGGUGUGGCAUCUGGAAACGGUGUAGAAACCACGCAAUUCAAAGAGGGCGUGGCACAUGAAAACGUUGUCGAUAACGCCCAGUACCAAGGAAAUGUGGCACAUGGAAACGUUAUCGAUACCAACUCUAUGAUUUCUUCUCAAUACGCAGGUGUGGCAUCAGGAAACAGUAUCGAUACCAUCCAAAACCAAGGUGGCGUGGCACCUGGAAACGUUGUCGAUAACACCCAGUACCAAGGGAAUGUUGCACAUGGAAACGUUGUCGGUACCGACUCUAUCAUUUCUUCUCAAUACACAAAAGGUGUGGCAUCUGGAAACGGUGUAGAAACCACACAAUACCAAGAGGGCGUGACAUAUGUAAACGGUGUCGAUACCAUUCAAUACCAAGAAGGCACGGCAUCUGAAAACGUUGUCGAUAACGCUCAGUACCAAGGGAAUGUGGCACAUGGAAAUGUCGAUACCAACUCUAUAAUUUCUUCUCAGUACUCAGAAGGUGUGGCAUCUGGAAACGGUGUAGAAACCACACAAUUCCAAGAGGGCGUGGCACAUGAAAACAUUGUCGAUAACGCCCAGUACCAAAGAAAUGUGGCACAUGGAAACGUUGUCGAUACCAAGUCUAUAAUUUCUUCUCAAUACACAGAAGGUAUGGCAUCUGGAAACGGUGUAGAAACCACACAAUACCUAGAAGGCGUGGCACAUAGAAAUCUUGUUAAAUCCAAUUCUACGAAUUCAGCUCAAUAUAUAGAAGGCGCGGCCCCUGGUAGCGUUGUCGAUACCACCGAAUAUCAAGGAGGCGUGACAUCUGGACAUUUCAAUAAAAAUUCUGUAAGCUCUUCUCAAUUCAUAGAGGGCGUGACAUCUGGAAAUGUUGUCGAUACCACCCAAUACCGUAGUAUUGCCACAUCUGGAAAUGUUGAAGGCUCCUCUCAAUAUCAAGAUAUAAUGUCAUCAGGAAAGGCUGCUGAAACAGGUUAUGCAGUAGCACCUCAACCUCAGGCGGAUGUUACAUCUGGCAAAAGUGGCCACGGCAUCGACACCAGUUUUAAUGCUGAUGCCAACUAUGUACAUAUGAGCAAUGCUUAUGCGAAUGAUCUACCUACGGUUAAAGGAAACACAAAUAACAUCGAUGGAACCAUGUCGUCUACAUCAAGCCUCAGUAAUACACGAACGAAUGUUGACUAUGGAUUUAUGAAUACACCUGUAUCGGAUAACGCUCAGAGAGAAUCAGUAGACAUGGCUUCUUUGAAUGCCUUGGCAGAAGUUCGAAGCAUUACUGAGGCCUCUGCUGUUGAGGCGGGAAAAUAUAUAUCAUCUGUCAGUCCAUUCUCUAACACUGUUGUACCAAGAAACAGUCCUCAAAAUAACACGAGUAAUCAAUUUGAAUCAACGGUAACAUCAGCAAUUCGUUCUGAAACAACAGGAAUUCCAACGUCACAAUUUAAAACAACUCCAACAUCCACAAAUUAUUUAGGACAUGCAGGAACAGCGACAAGUCAAUUUGAAAGUGUUCAAAUAACAAACAAUACUUUGGAAAAAGGAGGAAAGUCAAGUAAUCAGUUGGAAACAACAGGAACACCAACGUCAGCAGGACUUCAAACAUCGCAAUUUGAGUCAACGGCCACACCAAUUGACCAAUUUGAAAGUACAGGUAUGCAGACAAAUUACUUUGAGAGUGUAAAAAGCACGAACGAUUUAUUAACAACAGGUGGAACGUCGGAUAAUAAUCACGAUACGAUGGUAACACCGACGUCCCAGUUCGAAACAAUCGACAAAACCGAAGCAUAUUCAAAUACAGUGGAAACAACGGCUGCACAUAGCGAACAGAACCUUGGGUCAUCAAGUGUUGUUGUUGCAAUGAAGACGAAUCCUUCCAAUGUCGCUCACUACAGUAUUCCAGGAGUUGAUGAAAAGUUAAAAACUGGUAAUUCUGUUUCAAUGAAUGCUGGCAAUAUUUUCCAAACAGUAAAUCUUCAGGGAAGCGUUUUGGAUACUACAAGUGGUGGGGGUCAGAUGGUCCUACCAUCAAAGUCAGGCACAAGUGAAACUGUGAUCUCCUAUGGAUCUGACAGUCUUUCUCAGACGACAUCCAACCAACAAGCUGACCAAGGUCCAGUUGAGCUGACGAAAGAUCCGUUAAUGGGUCAAACAGUAUAUAAUACGAAUGUCGCACAACAUACAAUUCGAUUAAGCGACCAGGAUGCAAUGACAAUUUAUACGUUGAUCAAACAACUGAUUGAAAAAUCUGGUAGGCAAGACCUUGUCCCUGUGCUUAACUCAAUCAUCUCAAGCGGCACGAACAUCGCGCGGUCCAAACUGUUGUCUUUCCUGGACAUGAUCAGUUCUCUGGUAACAAAACAACAACUUAUCUCAAUAACAGACAUCAUGAAUCCAGAUGGAAGUAAUCGUACUGCUACAGACACAUACACUGGUGAUGUGUAUUCGGUUGGGAGUACAUCAAACAUUGUCGAUGGUGUAGAUAAUCCAAGCAUAUCCUCAGGAUCAGUCGGAGCGACUGUCACAACCCAUUUUUCACAACAGAGUCAUAGUUCGAACAGUCAGCAAGGCAAUGCCGUCGUCGGAUCAAACGUGAUAAAAGGAGAUCAGAGUACAGGACAAUCAAAUGUCGACGGGUCUUCCAUUACAGGGAAAACGCAAACACAUGAGGCAACGUAUAACACGUUGACCUCAGAAAUGAUGGUACCUUUAGUCAGUGGACAGACUGUCCAAGGACAAUCCGUUGAUGGCAGAAAUACAGAAAUCACGGGAAGUAAAUCCUCUGUUAAUAUAAACGCACAAAAUGAAGCGGUCGCAGAAUAUUCAAAUACACAGCCUUCAUCAGUCACGAGGUACAGUUCAGAUGCUUUAAGAACCCAAUCUUUACAUCAGGAUCUAUCUGGGAAUGGUGUUACUGAGGGUGCUUCAUCUACACAUACUGCAGUUAAGUCGUCAAAGGAUAAACUGACACCAGUAGACACUGGAAAUGUUGACAGUAAUUUUAUGACGUCAGAAUCUAUCACCAUCUUAAAAUCAAAACAUUUUGGUAAUAACGUGGUUCUGGGAGGCGAAGGUGGUUCUGUGAUGUCCAAUACAAAUACUUUGCAAUCACAAGGAGCCACCUACACUGCUGAAGCACAGGCAGAUGGUAACAACACAGCAGGGCGUGAAUCUUCAUCUAUCACAUUGACGAAUACAAAUAUUGUCAACCAAGACAGUAUCACUUCCACAACGCCAGGUUAUACGCAGGAUAUUAACCCUGAAUUUACUGCUGUUGCUAAUAAUGCUAAUUCUGUUUCUGAACACAAUAAUUUUCUUCUGCACAAACCUGAUUUUCCUACUAGUUCAGCUGGCCACUCUAUUAGCAUACUGGAGUCGACAGGCACAGGCUUUGUCACUCACGCUCUGCCGCAAGACGGAGGGUUUGUCGCCUUAGAUGCACGUGGUAUCGAAGGAAAUACCAUUGAAGAACCAGCUUCAGCUUUGAGAACGGAAGUCGAAAGAGCGUUAUCAAAACCAGAUACCUCUUCAACAUAUAUUGAUAGUUCUGCUGGAUCUACAGGCGUCAGUAAUGGCGAUACCAUCACUGGUCAAACAGAACAGUCUUCCAUAAUUAGAUCCGGAGGAAAUCUUCCGCUCGCCACUGAAAGGAGAGAACUUACUACAAAAACAGUCCGAGUUACAGGCGGAACUGAUAAUGUUAAUACUGAAGGUGGAUUUGCUACUUCGUCAGGUUCCACUACAAAUGUUGACGCAGUCGCAACACAAGCGCACUUUACCGGUUCACCAAAUGCUGUAACGUAUACAGAGGGCAUCGGUCAGCUUACUGAAGGUUCGUCUGUAAACAGUGUCGCAACACUUAGAGAAUCUAGCAAUCCACAGGUAUUAACGGAAACUGGAAAUCAAUUAUCUGCAUCACUUCCACACACUAGGGGUUCGUCAUACGUGAAAACUGAGAGUGAACGUAAUAGUGGAUCAACUAUAAUAGAACCUGCAAAUCCAGCAGAAACAUUGAUGAGCGACAGUGCGACUAAUAUCAACAGUCUAAUGCAAAUAUCAAGUGGAGGAGCUACAAUGGAAUCUGGAAAAGAAAACAGAUUACAGAAUACAAUGUCAAAUGGCUAUGCUCUGAUGCAGAAACACUCCCUUUUCACUGGUAAUAAUGAAGGGAUCGCUGAUACGAACACUAACAUGUUGGAGUUUGUACCUUCGAAAAACACCAACACAGCGUCGAAUUCCAUUUCCGUCUUGACUACAAACACUGGAAAUACCAUAUCAAACGUUGGUAGUUCAUUAAUGCCUGGACACCACAUGAAUGGUUUUCAAACUGUUGCUGGUGGUGACAUUCACACAAAUAAGCUUGAGACCGUGCCGACAGGACCUAUCAUAGAUGGAGGUCAACUUCCUGCUGGUUCAACAUUAACAGAGACAGGAGGCCAGAUCAAUGACAUAUCGAUGCAAACAGAGCUUGGUAAACAAGCUCAUUAUGGAUCGACUCCUACAGAUACAGGAAACGGAGUUUCAGGACAGUUGACGUUAACGGGGACCCAAAGUCAGUUUACAGCAACACAAACAGGUACCGGAGGCCAGUUUUAUAGCGGAUCUACGCUUGCAGGAACCCCUGGCCAAUUACAGGGAGGGUCAUCACUGACAGAACCUGGAAUUCAGCAUUCAAGCGUAUCAACACAAGCGGAAACCACAAGCCAGUUGUAUAGCGGAUCAACACCUACUGAAUCCGGAAGCCAUUUAAAUAGUGGAUCAACAUUUACAGGAGCCGGAAGCCAGUUACAAGAAGGAUCAAUACCACUCACAGAUGCUAGAAGUCAGUUUAAUAGCGGAUCAACAAUUACUGAAGUCGGAAGCCAGUUGCAAGAAGGAUCAAUACCACUCACAGAUGCUAGAAGUCAGUUUAAAAGCGGAUCAACAUUUACAGGAGCCAUAAGCCAGUUACAAGAAGGAGCAAUGCCACUCACAGAUGCUAGAAGUCAGUUUAAUAGCGGAUCAACAAUUACUGAAGUCGGAAGCCAGUUGCAAGAAGGAUCAAUACCACUCACAGAUGCUAGAAGUCAGUUUAAUAGCGGAUCAACAAUUACUGAAGUCGGAAGCCAGUUUCAAGAAGGAUCAAUACCACUCACAGAUGCUAGAAGUCAGUUUAAAAGCGGAUCAACAAUUACUGAAGUCGGAAGCCAGUUGCAAGAAGGAGCAACACUAACAGAAGCUCAAAGUCAGUUUAAAAGCGGAUCAACAAUUACUGAAGUCGGCAGCCAGUUAGAAGGAGGAUCAACAGUAACAGACACUAGAAAUCAGUUCAUAGAUGGAUAUAAACCAAAUGCAAAUCAAUUAAAUAGUCAAACAAUACUAACAGAAACUGAAAACACAUUUAUGGGAGGAUCAUCUCUUAAAGGUGCAUCACCAGAAUCCGGUAGUCAGAUAACACUUACAGAAACGGGAAGUCAGUUGAUAGGAGGACCAACACGAACAGGAAGUCGACUUAAUAGCGAGUCAGUACAAACAUCAAUAGGAAGUCAAUUCGUUGGCGAAUCAACACAGACAGAACCCGGAACUCAGUUUACAGAUGCAUCCACGCUGUCAGAACCACAAGGACGAUUUGAUGGUGUGGCAAGGCUUGCAAACACAGUAGAUCAACUAAAUGGUGGAUCAGUGUUGCAAGACGCAGGGAAUCUGUCUUCUGUUGGAUCGACGCGAACAGAAAUUAGUAGUCAGCUUAACGUCAAAUCGUCUGUUACAGACUCAGGAGGACCGUCGACUGGAAGUGGUACAUCUAAAAAAGCCGUGGGUCAGUUUUCAGGAACCUCAAUGUCAUCAGAAUUUAGAAGUCAGACUAUCGGAGGAUCAGGAUUAGCAGAGGCUGAAAAUCCAAGAUAUGCGGAAACGGGAGGUCACUCUUCUGGAACUUCGAUGCUUGCGGAUAUGAUAUCAGGUCGGAUGACUGGAAUACCGUAUGAGGCUGGAAGACAAUUAAUUGGAGAAGCAAUGUUGGAUGUUACCACAUCGCCCAAUCCUGCUUCUACAGGUCGCAUUUCCGAAAUUUCAAGAGAGGUAAACGAAUCAGGACAAUAUACUGGAAAUGUCCAUACUCCUCUACUAUCGAAAAAUACUGGACCUUCUGGCAGCUCGUCCGUGCUUGUACGGGAACAAAGCGUUACAACAACCGUUACAGGUCCGGGUUCUCAGCAUGAAGGCGUCCUUGGCAACCUUGACCGAAAUUCAGGAAGUUCAGGUUUGACUGAUACAAGGACUUCGUUUACCGCUAGUCAAACAUUAGGCUCCACGACAGAUUCAGUUAAAACUUUACCUGGAACCUCUUUAGAUGUUCCUGGAAACUCAAAUAUACUAGACAGCUCCCACAUCAGUUAUUCAAAUGUGAAUAGCGAAAGUCCAUCGAGUAACAAUAUGAUUGUUAGAGAGGGUAUCCAGUCAUUGGAUGGUUCGUCUACGCUUAAUACAUUAAUGACAGGUGGUUUAAAAACUAUGUCACAGCAGAUAGGUAAUACAUUCGCACAUGGAAUUCAAGACCCGGGCAAUAGUGGUACAGGGGUUUUAACACAAACAAGUCAAAGUGCCUCGUCGAAUACAAUCAGACCAUCGUCGGUUUCAAAUUUACCUCCACCCCCACACAGUUUUCUUAUUCCGGAACCUGUACAUCACUUGUUAGUCAAAACACAGAGAACAUCUUCCCGGUCCUCUUCCCCCUCCUCCUCAACAAAAGGGUCUGCCGGCAAAGGUAUCGGUAACGCACUUGGAAAUGUCGAUCGAGAUCUACUUUAUAGUAACAAAGGUACGACAUCAUUUCAAAAGACCAGAAUAAUGUCUCCUUCAUCAUCCCGGUCGAACUGGUUAGAAAAUGCUCUUGGUAGUGGCCUUCAGGAAACUAGUCAGAGUUCUAAAAAGGCUGAAGGGAUAACCCAUCAGUCUUCAACGCCGUUUUCGAAAACCGGCUCCUCCUCCCCGCAGAAAACUAUCAACACAAAAGUAGGUAAUUCGAAGGACGUGAUCAGCCGAGAGCAACUACUGUCUAACGCCCGAGCUCUGGCAAAUGUUGGUAUCUUAAGAGGUGGGGCAGCGGAUAUUAAUAAUAUUCUAAGUAGUUUGUCUCGCAAUGGUGUAUCUAAUACACAGCUGUUUGGACGGACAUUGAAUCUGAAAAAAACAAAGACUCCCGUAACCCUCGAUCCACAUAGGCCCGUUCACUCACUUGUGACAUCGAGUACAACACAUAGCCAGUUCAACAGUCCUGUAAGAACUACCGCGGAUCAAAUACGUCUAGAAAAUAUUUUAAACGGUAGAAUGAGUACCAAUAUUCCAUCAUUAACUGAUACCACGGUAUCACAAUCUCCUAGCGAACGUUUGGGAAUUACCAAGACCUCUACAUCGUUUAAAACAUCAAGUCUUCCACCUAUUUCGUCUGGACUGACCUCCGUGAUGCCACACCUUAUCGGGAACGGUCCUGGUAUCCCAGCCCAGAGAUUUCGGGGAGCUAAUGUAAGGCUUAGCAAUAUAAUCGGUCUGUCUAACAGCAAGACAGGGGAAACGAACUUGUCAUCUCGUUCUACAGAUGGCAAAGUGAAAACGUCCAGCACUAGUGGUAACAUUGCUGGGAAUACUGUGGUAUUUGAGGGCAAUCAAAAUAACGUCAAAGCCAACAAGGCAGGAGGGACCAGUGCAAAUAGUAGAGGAAGUGUUGAAAAUUCUAUAACUUCUGACAGAAGUAUUCAUGCAAAUGUCGACAAAUUGAAUGAAAUCAAUCAGAACUCAGGUGGAAGCAAUACCAAAGUUGUCACAACAGGGGACAGAAUGAUAACGGAAACCACGAAUCACAAAACUAUUAACGGAACCACCGAAAUUACCACAACUACAAAAACACUAGACGGAAGUUCUGGGGGAGGAAAGUCCACGACUACUGUUACAACUACAACUACUAGCAACCCCGGCUCUGCCGCAUUCCACAAAGCGGGUACCCUUGCUAGUAUUGGACUUUCUUCUGACGGCUUCCGUUUCACGACGUCAUCAACUACGGUUAUUUCAGGACAGGAGUCACAGUCUGUCUGUCCCGGUCGGAGCCUCAUGUGUGGAGCCAAGGGAGAUUUUAGUAACACUAUUGGCUCAAAUCUUUGGUGCAUAAAUAGCUGCCUCAUCGACCGCCGCAUGUGUAGAAGUGAAAAAUGUGAGUGUAGUUGUACGGCGACAAUGCGAUAUGUUCAGCAGGUAGGUGGUGUACUUGGUGGAUCCUCCGGAAAUGGAUUGAUGGGUACCGGAAGCCGUAUUAUCGAAUCGUCAAAUUCCUUCCAGACACAAAAGCCAUUCGGAACAAUGAAUACCUUCGGGAGAUCGGGUAGUAUUUCUAACCCAUCCAGAACAUCAAACUCUUUCCAGACAACAAAAACAAUAAAGACGACCAAGACUUUUGGAAAUAACCAAAUACCACCUGAAUCACAGAUAGGCAACAACCUUCUUAGCGCUUCAGGACGCAGCUCAAACAGUGGUUCAGCUAAUAGGGGAUUUUCCUCGGCAAACAACCGAAAUAUCGAACAGGGAUCCCCCGGUGUUAUGACUGCCUCGGGGCAACGAAUGAAAUGUAAAGGUAUGGGGCCAUUCGAGUCAGUUGCGGGAAUGGUCUCGUGGUGUGAAACGGAGUGUUCUUCGACAAUGAAUAUCAAUUGCCAUCCCACCACGUGUAAGUGUACGUACGUAACUAACGUAAGAUAA